AUGCUGUUUGUCGACUGCAGCUCAGCGUUCAACACCAUCAGCCCUGACACGGUGGUGGAGAAGCUUGCGGACCUGGACUUGGACCCCUUGAUGUGCUCCUGGAUCAAGAACUUCUUGACUAACCAACCACAGGUUGUGAAGGUGGGUCAGCUCUACUCAUCCACCCUGACAUUCAGCACUGGUUCCCCCCAGGGCUGUGUGCUGAGCCGCCUCCUGUACGCCCUCUACACGUUUGACUAUCUUCAGCUCUGUUUCAACUUUGACAUGAAGAACUUCAAAGUCUUCUUUGGUUCUAAGGAAGCCCAGUUUGGAUACACAGUUCAGCAGCAUGAAGCAGGAGGACGCCAGUGGUUGCUGGUUGGAGCUCCCUUUGAAUCCACAGGAAAUCAGCAGACUGGUGAUGUGUACAGAUGUCCACUGGAUACCAGAAACUCUGUAAAUUGCAGUCGACUGAAUCUGGGAAUACUUUCUCUGGACAAUAUAUUUGAGAGAAAAGACAAGAUGAGGCUGGGAAUGACGCUGACAUCCAACCCUAAAGACAGCAGCUUUGUGACCUGUGGUCCACUCUGGUCUCACGAAUGUGGAAGCUCCCUGUACAGCACAGGAAUCUGCUCCAGAGUCAACCGAAAUUUCAGACUCUCGCACACUAUUGCACCUGCCCUACAGAGGUGUGAGACGUUAAUGGACAUUGUGAUUGUUCUGGAUGGUUCUAACUCCAUUUAUCCUUGGUAUGAGGUUCAGGACUUCCUCAUAAACAUCUUGCAUAAGUUCUACAUUGGUCCAGGUCAAACUCAGGUUGGUGUUGUUCAGUAUGCCUCCACAGUGGUCCAUGAGUUCAGCUUGGAUGAAUUCCAGACAGUGGUGGAUGUGGUGGAAGCUGCCAGGAACAUCAAUCAGCGGGGUGGAGAGGAGACAAGGACAGCACUGGGCAUUAAUGUGGCAAGGUCAGAGGCAUUCAAGCGCGGAGGCCGACCAGGAGCUCAUAAGGUGAUGAUUGUGAUUACUGAUGGCGAAUCUCAUGACAGUCCAGAGCUGGUGCAGGCUGUCACUGACAGCAAGAGAGCCAACAUCACCAUGUAUGCCAUUGCUGUUUUGGGUUACUAUAAUCGCCGGGGAAUAAACCCUGAAGCCUUUUUGAAGGAAAUCAAAUUCAUUGCCAGUGACCCUGAUGAGAAGCAUUUCUUUAAAGUGACAGAUGAGUCAGCACUGAAGGACAUUGUGGAUGCUCUAGGAGAGAGGAUUUUUUCUCUGGAAGGAACCAGUAAUCAGGGUCGAGGUUACAAUCUGCAGAUGGCUCAGGCUGGUUUCUCCUCACAUUUAGUCAAAGAUGGAGUUCUUCUUGGAGCUGUAGGUGCAUAUGACUGGAAUGGCGCAGUUCUAAAAGAAACGAAACAUGGGAAGGUUGUUCCACCAAAAUCCUCCUACCAGGAUGAAUUUCCAGAGGUGCUGAAGAACCACGCAGCAUAUCUAGGUUACUCAGUGGGUUCACUAAUUUCAUCCCGCGGCUCUCAGCUAUAUGUCUCUGGAGCUCCAAGGUUCAACCACACUGGCAAGGUGAUUGUCUUCACCCUGAAGAACACUGGAAACCUGACCAUCCUGCAAGCACUGCUGGGAGAGCAGAUUGGGUCAUAUUUUGGCAGUCAGUUGCUAUCCAUGGAUGUGGACAAUGAUGGACAUACUGAUUGCCUCCUAGUGGCAGCACCCAUGUACUACAGUCACGGCUGGGAGAGAGGGAAAGUUUAUAUCUACUCUGUUACACCUCAGACAUCAUUUGUUCUGCAAGGGGUGCUGGAGUUGUCUGACUGCUGUCAAAACUCUCGUCUGGGUUCGGCACUUGCCCAGAUUCCUGACAUGAAUGGAGACGGCUUCCGGGAACUUGCGGUGGGAGCCCCACUGGAGGAUGAUCACCAGGGGGCAGUCUACAUCUUUUAUUGCCAGGACAAAACUACCCAACCACAGUACAGACAGCGUCUGUCUGCAGCCAGUUUUUCUGCAGGUCUGCAGUAUUUUGGUCAAAGUCUCCAUGGUGUUCUGGAUGUCAAUGCAGACGGGCUUGUUGACCUCGCAGUGGGAGCACUGGGAGCUGCUGUCAUCAUCUGGUCACGUAGUGUGGUACAGAUUCAAGCCAAAUUGACCUUUGAACCUCAGAAGGUCAACAUCUUCAACAAGGACUGUCAGCAAGGAGGAAAGGAGGUCACAUGCAUGUCUCUUACCGUCUGUCUGAGUCUGCACUCGAGGACAAAGAUCAGGACAGAUAUUGCUGUUUGGUAUAGUCUGGUGUUAGAUGAGAGGCGUUUUCCUCCCCGGGCAGUCCUAGAUGAGUUAGACCGUCAGCUGCCCAGAAUUCUAUUUCUGCAGACUGGAGGUCAAAAAUGCGAACACCUUGGCUUCUCAGUGCAGGAGACAAAAGAUUACGGGCGUCCCAUUGUGGUUGUCCUGGAGACAGGGUUGCAGAGCCCAGACGAGGGUCCAGUAUUGGACCCAGACUUUCCAACUACGCUGAGGGCUGAGCUUCACUUCUGGAAUGGAUGCGAGCAGGAAGAUACCUGUGUUCCUGAUCUCAUCCUCCAUAGUCACACUGACCUCAUGAAUGUUCAGCAGUUCUGCAGCAUGAGGGAAUGGGCUACAUGCUCACUCUGCAUUCAUAAGGAGUCGUUUGACAGCCCAGUGUUUAUAGUGGAGUCUGGACGAAGAAGGAUGGUCGUGUUUGCUCAGCUGGAGAACCAAGGAGAGAAUGCAUACAGAGCUGCCAUCCACAUCUCCUAUUCCCCCAACCUGCUCUUUUCCAGCCUCUUAAUCAAGGACCAAUCAGAUAUCCAGAUCGAGUGCUACGCCGAGGAAAGACUGGCCAGUCAGAGGAACUGUAACAUUACCGCUCCGUUCAUGAAGUCGUUGGCAAAGGUAACUUUCUGUCUGGAAUUUGAGUUCAGCCAUUCCAUGUUCCUGGAUCAUGUACAAGUUGUCAUGGUGACUACCAGUGAGGGAGACGAGGGAUACCCAGAUGAUAACAUCAAUGAUAUCUUCCUCCCUCUGAAAUAUCAAACUGACCUCCUCUUCACCAGAGACCCUAGCCUUCAUCAUUUUGAAAUCAAAGCAGACUCCUUGUCAUCAUCCUGGGACCAAUCAAACAGCAGCUCUCCCAUCUUCAACCUGACUUAUCAUAUUCAGAACCUGGGCAUCUUCUCAGUUCAGGAUGUUCUGUUCAAGGCAGAUGUCUGUGCUGUGACUAGGAAUGGAAACCAGCUGGUGAACAUUGAAGACUAUAGCAUCGAGCAGGAGGUACCUGGGUCCUUCUGCAUGCUGCCUCAUACCACAGCCAAUCUUGUUACAUCUGAGGACCUGUCUCACCUGUCACAGCUGAACCACAGUAAUAGUGUCAGCAUGGCAAUCCAGUGCAGACUAAGCCUGUUGACCUCCAGAGAAGUAAAGGUGACACUCAAAGGAAGACUUCAGCUUCCUGCCCUGCUUGCUGUAAACUUUAGGUCUAUCGAGUUGCUGACUGCUGCCUCUAUCUAUUUGGAAGUGUCCAGUCCCAUAUUUCUCAAAGAAGAAAGACCUGUGAGACAGAUAAUCCUGGAUCUGAGAAAGGAGGAGGAUCAGUCCAUCCCCAUCUGGAUUAUACUGGGAAGCUCACUGGGAGGCCUGCUACUAUUGGCCUUAUUGGUCCUGGCUCUUUGGAAGGUUGGCUUCUUCAACAGACGAAAACAACAGGAAGAAGAGAAGCAGUCUGUAGCCACAAAGGAGGAGCUAUAGUGUGUGGGUGAUACCAAUGUUAAAUUUGCAAAUGCCUGGGAAUUUCUUCAAAUUUGGCACAAAUGUGCAAUGAGACUCAAGGAGGAACUGAAUAGACAGUGGUCAGAGGCCAAAGGUCAAAGUCAUCAUGACCACAUGUUCAGCCCAUUGUUGUAAAUGCAAUAUCUCAAACACCUGGUGGAAAUUUCAUUUAAGUUGGCAUAGGCAUCCACCUCAACUCAUGGAUGAACUAACUAUAGUUUGGUUAUUGAAACCCAAAGGUCAAGGUCACUGUGACCUUAUAAAACACAAUUUUGGCCAUAACUGAAAAAAUGCAUAGGCUAUUUAUUACAAAAUUUAACACAAAUGUCUAACAGGAUUACUGACAGAGUGAUAAUAUUAUGUCUCCAAGGUCAACUGUACUGUGACACCAUAAUGUUCUGCGAAAACACUUUUCUGGCCUUUAUUUACUGUUACUCGGGAAUAGAAAUGGAGAUUGUGACUAUAUUUUCAUUAGGUUAGAUACUGAAUUGGUAACAUGAAUCUUAGGUAUCCACCUUUAAAUUGUGUUGAUUCCAGGGUUGAAGUUGUGUCUGAUCAUCCAUGUUUUAAAAUAUGUAGCUUCUUUUCAGUAACAUACAUAUUUUUCAUUGCUCCAACAUUGUGGUAUACCACAAUCAGCGUUAUUGACCAUGCAUGUGAACUCAAACAGAAGAACUUGACUGUGCUUUUUCACUGAUCCUAAAUGCUUACCUACAUACCUACAGUUGUCAGUAUAUAGUGUACGCUGUAUUAUAUGAGUCUGGUUCAACCAGGCUUUAAAGUUCAACCUGAGAGGUUUGCGGAGUGUACACAAACCAGUGAUUGUAGUUUGCAUAAUGACAUCGCCAACUCCAAAGACUAGGUCUGAUCGUGACAGUUUCUGUUGAGUUUUAUGUUUUGAUAGAGAGAGAUGGGGACUGCCUAGAAAUUAGGAAAAUCUCAUUAAAAUUCUUCAUUUAUCUAGGUUAAUCAGUGUGAUUAGCAAAUUAAAUUUCAAACUGUGUGUGCAAAUCAUCCCACAAAUUCCAAAAUUGGCAUUGUGUCCAGAUGGCUGUGUAAAGCUUUUGAAGUGUUCAAAAUGAAAAAAGUCAUCCACUUGCAAAGCAUGAAUGAAUUACAUCUGACCACAGUCAGUCCAGUAUUAUUUACUGUAUUGAAGCGGAACUAGUGGAAAUCUUAAGUACGUUGACAAAUUUAUUAAGAUUAAUUUUCUGGGGAGCAUGAAUGUCUACAGCAAAUCUCCUAAACAAAAUACAACACAAAGUGAAUUACACAACUAAUCAGCAAGACUACCAGCAAACAUCAUCAGUUAUUAAAUGCAGACAGGAGGCACAGUACUCAGUUUCAAUUACACCCAGCAUGAAUACAAACGAUGCUACAGCUAAAUAGAGUGAUAUCAGCAGGAAGCGCAAUAAAAAUGGACAAUCAUGUGACAUUAAAAUGCAUAAACUGUGUCAAAGUAUGCUGAACAACGUACUUGUCAGCAAUUUAAUUCAGUUCAAUUCAAAUAAUUUCAGUUCAUCCAUCCUGUAUACACAUACAGCGGCCUCCAUAAUUAUUGGCACCCCUGGUUAAGAUGUGUUGAAAGCCUUAAAAUAAAUUCAGUUUUUUUUGACUGUUAUAUGUUUUAUUACUGUUUGUAUUUGUGUGCAAACAGUAGAUUCACUUCAUGUUUAUGUGUGUCAACAGGAACUUGUAAAGUGACAAAGAUGAAUUUAAUUUGAAGUUGUUCUGAUGUAGAUGAAAGUAUAAUUAAUAAUAAACGAUAGUGACUCCAUAGUGGUGGAACACAUUCACUCUAGUACUGAAUCAGUCACUCUAGUUUGGAUGUAUUUGUACCUUACUUCUAGAUUUCUUCUAUUUUAUUAAAAUAAAAAAGGAAAAUAUAAAAUUUUAUUUUCUCUAUUAAUUUAGUAGAAAUAUUUCACCUUUUUUAAUUUUAUUUUUAUGGUGAGAAAGUUUUUAACACAAAAUUUUUCCAUUCAUUAUUAUUCUCACAUUUUUUUAAACUACUGAACAACUGAACAUACAGCAGGUAUCAGACAGAAAAUAAAUAAGUAAUUAAAUGAAUACAAAACAAUGAUAAUAUAAAUAAAAGCACAAACAAGCACACUAAAAGUUCACCCCUCUGCACCACCAAAGUGUCAAUUAUUCUAAAAUUGACGGGAAUACUGUUGACUUAGUAAAACAGGGUCCGGGCUGAGAUGUGUCCAUAUUAGCCAGAUAGUCCAAAAUGGGUCGCCAUAUCUUAAUAAAUCCUUCAGUAUUGUCAUGAAAGGUGUAGGUCAGCUAUAAAUUCAAUUUUUAUUGCAGAAGCAUACUCUCACAAUGAAAAUUGUAGAAAAAUGUAUUAUAGGAGAAUAUAAGGUGCUGUUUUGUUGGCAAAAGGGAAUUGUACAAAUUAUUAACAUCAGGGGUGCUAAUAAUUGUGGGGCACAUGAUUUGAUGUAAAAGAAUUAUUUCUUAAUGUGUGAUUUUUUUUUCCCCACUGAAUAAAUGCACUUGAAUUAAA